CUGUUGCGCGCCGUCUGGAAAAUGGUAUAUAAAUAAUAUAUAAAUCCUACAGUCUUUCAUUCGCAGACAGAAAAUUACCAGUGAUCGAUUCAUGAACCGGCAGCAGAGAAUAGCGAGGCUGAGGGAGAGGCUAGCAAUAGCUAGACACCGCCUCAACAUUGCGGUAGCUGCUUUGGUAGCAGAAGAGGAAAUUGAAGCCCGACAGCGACGUCAAAGGCGAUGGUGGGUUAAGCCUUGGAUUCAGCGACGACCCCUCUAUGGGCAGUACGAGACGCUGAUGCAGGAGCUGCGUCUGGAGCACCAUGGCGAUUUCAAGGCUUAUUUGCGUAUGGAGCCAGACAUGUUUCAAGAGCUAUGUGCAAGAGUCGGGCCUCGCAUUCAAAUGAGUCAAGAUGGACGGCCUCCUUUGAGCAGCGGCAUAAAGCUGGCCAUCACCUUGCGCUUCUUGGCCACCGGCAACUCUUACCGUUCAUUGGCGUUCGACUUUCGAGUGACCCACAACACGAUAUCCCUUUUUGUGCCUUCCGUGUGUCGUGCCAUCGUGGAAGAAUACGAGGACGAAGUCUUCAGUACACCGUCAACCCCUGAUGAAUAGCGUGAAGUGGAAGCGGCGUUCAGAGAACGGUGGAACUAUCCACACUGCUGCGGGGCAAUCGACGGGAAACAUGUGGCCAUCAAGAAACCGAAAGACAGUGGAUCCCUAUAUUACAAUUACAAGGGUUUCUUCUCCAUCGUGUUGUUGGCAGUGUCAGACGCUCAGUACAAGUUCUUGUGGGCGAAGGUUGGUUCACCUGGCUCCAACUCGGGACUGUGGUAUAUUCAACGAUUCUCAGCUGUCACAGGCCCUUGUAAGUGGUACAAUAGGUUUCCCAGAGCCAGACCCUCUGCCUCAUGACGAUCUGAACAUGCCCUACUUCUUCGUGGGUGACGAUGCUUUCCCUCUGCGCACAUACAUGAUGAAGCCCUACGCCAAUCGGUACCUCACGGUUGACGAACGUAUACAUAAUUACAGGACAUCAAGAGGAUGCAGGGUCAUCGAAAAUGCCUUUGGCAUACUCGCAAUGAGGUUUCGCUGCCUACUUAUUACCUUGAGCGUUGUUCCGGAGACUGC